AUGGCCGGCGCCCGCUGCCGGACCCUGUACCCCUUCUCUGGGGAGCGGCACAGCCAAGGUCUGCGCUUCGCUGCGGGCGAACUGCUCACGCUGCUCCAGGUCCCGGACGGUGGCUGGUGGGAAGGAGAGAAGGAUGACGGGCUCCGUGGCUGGUUCCCCGCCAGCUACGUGCAACUGCUAGAGAAGCCUGGGAUGGUCCCCCCUCCGCCAGGAGAGGAGAGCCAGACGGUCAUCCUUCCACCUGGCUGGCACAGCUACUUGUCUCCUCAGGGCCGCCGUUACUAUGUCAACACGGCUACCAAUGAGACCACCUGGGAACGUCCCAGCAGUUCUCCUGGGAUUUCAGCCAGCCCUGGCCCUCACAGGAGCUCUCUGCCUCCAACAGUGAAUGGAUACCACGCAUCAGGGACCCCGGCGCACCCUCCAGAGACUGCCCACAUGAGUCUCCGAAAAUCCACCGGUGAUUCCCAGAACCUGGGAUCCUCAUCGCCAGGCAAGAAACAGAGCAAGGAAAACACCAUCACAAUCAACUGUGUGACAUUCCCUCACCCGGACACGAUGCCUGAACAACAGCUGCUCAAGCCGACCGAGUGGAGCUACUGUGACUACUUUUGGGCGGAUAAGAAGGACCCCCAAGGCAAUGGCACAGUGGCUGGGUUUGAACUGCUUCUGCAGAAGCAACUGAAAGGCAAGCAGAUGCAGAAGGAGAUGUCUGAGUUCAUCCGGGAAAGGAUAAAGAUUGAAGAAGAAUAUGCAAAGAACCUUGCUAAGCUCUCACAGAACUCCUUGGCUGCCCAGGAGGAAGGCUCCCUGGGAGAGGCAUGGGCCCAAGUAAAGAAGAGCCUGGCAGAUGAGGCUGAAGUUCAUCUCAAGUUCUCUGCCAAGCUCCACAGUGAGGUGGAGAAACCCCUGAUGAACUUCCGAGAGAACUUCAAGAAGGACAUGAAAAAGUGUGACCACCACAUCGCUGACCUCCGUAAGCAGCUGGCCAGCCGCUAUGCCUCAGUGGAGAAGGCCCGCAAAGCCCUCACAGAGCGGCAGAAAGACCUGGAGAUGAAGACCCAGCAGCUGGAGAUCAAGCUGAGCAACAAGACCGAGGAGGACAUCAAGAAGGCACGGAGGAAGUCCACUCAGGCUGGAGAUGAUCUCAUGCGCUGUGUGGACCUCUACAACCAAGCCCAGUCCAAGUGGUUUGAAGAGAUGGUGACGACCACACUGGAGCUGGAGCGGCUGGAGGUGGAGAGGGUGGAGAUGAUCCGACAACAUCUGUGCCAGUACACACAGCUGCGGCAUGAGACGGACAUGUUCAACCAAAGCACAGUCGAGCCAGUGGACCAACUGCUGCGGAAAGUGGACCCAGCCAAAGACAGAGAGCUAUGGGUCAGAGAGCACAAGACAGGCAACAUCCGCCCAGUGGACAUGGAGAUCUAGAAAUGACUGUAUGGUCCCGGGGGUCCUGCUGAGGAGAGGGGCUGGGGUCCCAUGGAGGAGGGGCUGUAUCUGCCCUAUUACCUGCUAACCUAUCCACUGAGGAGGAAAAGAGUCACUGAUUCCAGAAGGAGGGCCCAGCAGGGGCUCCCCAAUAUUCCCAGCCCAUAAUGAUGGACCCACAGCCCUGAUUUCACCUCGAAGACUGAAGGCUUCCCUCUAACUCCCAUGCUGUGCUUGUCACUCUGAGAACCAACUGAGGCUAGAACCCUGGGGUCCCUGCUGAGUUCCACAGGGGUGACCAUCGCACACCUGUGCCCCAUGUAUCCAAGGCCUAUCCUCUAGUGGGAUUGUAAUCUCCAGGACUAUGGUAGAGGAAGGGGGGUGUCUCUGUCUCCAAACAAUGUCAGGAUCAGAAUCAAGGACAGGAAGCAAAGUGAAGUUCACAUCCCGCACCCAUGACCUUUUUCAGUCCUCCCUACUCCCCCCUUUGCAUUCUGGGAGCCCACAAGAGGGGUGGGGUUUCUUCCCAACCCAAAUCUGGAGAGGUCAAAAUGGAACUACCUCAGUUGGCACAAACAGAUCAUGGCUCCCGUCAGUCUCAGAUUCCAGAUCUGGCAUUUGAGAUGUGAAUUUUAGAUUCAGAUCAGGCAUUGGCUCUAAAGUCUACCACAAAGUCUCAAUCUACCCUUUCCUCAACCUCUUUCUCAAGGAGGAGAUUCCCCCACCUCACCCUGAUAGCCCUUUCCAGACUCAAUAGAGGAUGUUAUCCCAAGUCCUCAGACGGCUGUAUGCAUGUUCAAAGGCUUUGCGGGUGAAGUCUCAUAAAAUCUUGUUUGCCACAUGCCCUGCCCCGCCCCUCAACACUAUGACAGCCUUGACCAGCACUCUGCCAUGCUGACUACAGACCAUGUGCAACAGCAGUGGUAAGAGUCAGGUUUGGUUAUUCUCUAGAAUGACUCCAGCUGUGGGUGUGCCCAACGAGGUAGGAACUGCUGUCCCCCUUACUGCCAUUGGUCAGUGGUGCAGAUUCUCAUGAUUGUAGAUGGUUGCCACCCAGGAAGCCAAGAGACUUUGGGGAGUCACACAGUGAGUGGGGGCAGGGCAAAUUCUAGCUGGGAACUUCCGCCGGGGGUUGUGGGGCAUUUUUCCUCAUCCUUCCCACAGAUGACUUUGUAUUUGACCUGUCUAUCUUCUCAAAGGGCAGAGUCCUCUGAGCACCACUCACAUCUAUCCAUCUCACAUGCUCAUUGCAGAUAGCUUACUAAUCUUGGACCUUUUGGCAGCCCGUCCACAGAACCAUCGCUCAUGGUUGUUGGCAAGAUGCCUAAUACACUAAAGCAAACUAAGCACUGUCACUUUUUCUUACUGAAACAUCUCCACCAUAAAGGCCAGCAUGAGGACAUUUUACCAACUUGUGCUCAGCAUGGAGCGUGACACCAGCCUCUGAUAUUAGGACAUCAUUUCUUGGUUUCCUUAUUAAAAACAAAAAAAAAUGGGUGCUAGUGGUAAUUUGCUUUGUGGCUUAGCAACCUAAUUUGUGAGAGACGGUCAAAUUCUAAGUCUUGUCAUGCACAGGGAUUUUGGGUAUCACAAUGUGGCUCACAACUUUGUUCCUUCACACACUCCCACCCAAAAGGUUCAGAAUUCCCUAAGAUGCCACUUCCCCCAGCAUAACAGCAGUUGGCUGAUGUGAGUCAAUUCUGUCUGAGGCCAUUCUCUUUUUGUUGUCACCUUACUUCCUUUUUAAUCUAGCCAUACAUACCUUUCCCUUCUUUUAUCCCCUUCCUUCCAUUGUUCAUUCAUGAAGAGUUUUGUUAGAGGCAAGCAAUCUGUAAUCUUUCAUCUGAAAACAGGCUACAGCUCUGUCUUUCGAAGAAACCCUUAAAUGUCCUGUGUAGACUCUUUGCCUCUUAGUGAGAUAGACUUAGCACUCCUCUCGGAUACUCUGCCCAUUUGAGUUCUCAGUAGUACCAGCUAUAUGCUGGUUCAUGUGCAUCUGGUUUAUGUGCAUUUGAGGUCUCAGUGGUCCUGGCUGUACGCUGGUUAACAUAUAUCUGUUCAUUUGCACACUCAUUUUCUCAGUGAACGCUAGAAACUGGGUGCUGAGUGCUGGAACUAGCCUUGUGUCUAGGAGGGUGCCCUUCAACUUGCUCCAUCCCCAGGUAGACAGGUGUGUUCUGAUGCUUCUGGACAGAAGGAACAAUGCAUUUUCCAUCCUACCCACUGAGAUUGUUGAAGUAUUAACUAUGCUAAGAGAUCUCGACACAGCAGUGAGAUCUGAGUCUCCUUACUACCAAAUUCUCGGCUCACACGCAGCUUCAAGUUCUGAAAUGGCUUCAACUGGUUUCCAGUAUUUUGUCUCCUUAUACUACAAACAGGGAGAGUAAGAACAUGGAGGAGGUGGGUGCCUGGAAAUGAUACCCAGAACUAUGAUCAUGACAGAGCAAGUGUCCAGCUACCCUCAUAGCACCCAGUGAAUGAAAUCAAGAAGGUGAUGAAGAGCAAGAACCUGAAAGUACUUACUGAGCUGAGUGUUCAAGCUGCUGUGGUGGUCUUUAGUCUCUGUGUGGUGCUGGGGACCCAACCAAGAGUCACGUGUUUAGACCAGUGUUUUACCACUUAGCUACACCCAGGUCAGCUACCUUGCUUUUAUGAACACGUCAGUCUGAGAGGAUCUGGCUGGGUUUAUUAAGAGUGGGCGAGCAUCCAUUGUCCAGGCUAAGAGCAGCAACAGCCCUUUCUACCUGCCCCCACCUAGGAGUGCCAAGGCACUUAAGCUUUGUCUGAAAAACCCUGAUUUAAAAAAAAAUUCUCUAAAAUGAAUGAUGUUCAAAAAAAAUGGGUUAGUUGCCAUGACAACCUCCAGGAAGAGAUACUUGUUUCCCUUCAUUAUUUUCUAGUACUUUUGAACAGUCCCACAGUGUACAGGCCAUUUGAAAGAUGUGGCUGGCAGUCCUGGGCUGUCUCUGCUAUGGGGGCCACCUUUCUACCUCCACACAAGACCCUGUUGACUCAGAAGGAUUUCUGCAAUGGUUGAUUAAUAGCUGAAGCAAAGUAUACAAAUUUGUGACAGGGGUUUGUGUAUAUUCCCUCUGUGAAAUCCAGCCAAUUAUCAGGGUAGUAGAUGGGUGCGAGAGAAUCUUGGCUAAGCCAAAGCCCCUUCAUGGAAAUACAAGCCAUAAAAUUCAAAAGGUGUCAAAAGACCUUGGCUUGUUUGGUGGUUUGCUCCCGUCUGUGAGUAGACUUGACAAGAAGAAUUUAAACAGGAGUCUGAAAACCUGCUAUUACUAGGAAGCUAAGAAAGGCAUUUUACAGAUAUAAAGUAGGGGAGCGGGUCAGCCGCCUGAUGGUCUAGCCUGGAGACCCCCUCAUUGCCAGAGUUGUUACCAUGCCACAAAGCAUCUCUCCACCUCCCUUUUCAAGGUGAUUGAGGAAUGAUUAAAAUAUAGUACAAAUCACCCUUUCAAGGAAUGCAGUUCUACAAACAGAUCUUUUCAACCACAACCAAGUUGGGUAUGCCACCAUGUCAAUUCCCCUUUUCCCACCCCUGAUCUAGCAACCAGUUCAAUGUUCUAUCCCCAUAAUUUUACCUUUUUCUACAAUGCCAUGUAAAUGGAGUCACACUGAUACAACCUUCUGGGUCAGCCAUGAUGUCAUGUGUGUCAGUAGAAGGUCCCCUUUCUCUGCUGACUAGUAGUCUAUCAUAUGGAUAGGCCCCAGAUUUCCUUAGUUUUAAAAUGAGUUUUUUAUGCCCUGGAAGUCAUAGUCCCAGAUCUCCAGUUUGUUUGUAUAACUGCUUCCAACCCACUGCUACCCGUGUUACUGGGUCUCCCACCCAGACACCAGCUGUUCCUUCCAGUUGGUGAUUCUAGUUUUGGGUUAAUGAAGAAAACAGGAAGGGGCAGCAACAGACUGUCACUCUCCGUUGCUGCAGCAGUAAAUCUCUCAGUACAAGAAGACCCUCUCCCUCAGGGGGCUGUCACCUCAGUCCUCGGUGGCUUUGUAUUUUAUUGAACAUUGACCCUUGGGUAUAGCUUGACCCUUCCCCAAAUCUGUUUUACCAUCUGUCAUUUGAGGGUGCUUGUUCUAAAAGGCCUAUGAGUCUUUCACCUCCUGUGUCUUCCCCCCCAUUGCCUAUUUGCACCCUAUGCACGUGGUCAUACAUAAGCUGAGUCGUCUCCACAGCUGUGGCCAGAAAUCCUCACGAUGGGCACUUUUCUAGGUAGAUCCAAAUGGAAUUAAUUCAUGUCACAAACUGAGAGAAUUACUUAGUUCCUCUCAGAAUCCCUGAAGGAACUGUAAGUCAGUACCAGCCGCUUCUGGGUCUGUCCCAGGAGUGAGGACAGCCAUAAACACAGAGUCAGCUGAUCAAGCCCUUCUUGCUCACUGUAGUUUGAUUUGCCAGCAGUCAUCCUGAGACUAGCUUGAACCUAUACCUGUGCGAUAGUGGCAGAGGUAAGACCAAGUUCAGUGGAGGCCAGGCCAGGCUGAGGGUGGAGCCCUCUGGGACCUAGUCCUCUAAGCUGUCUUGGUCAGGUGCUGCUGAGUGAAAGGUGGAGCCUAUAGAAGGCUCUUGGGAAGCUCCAGGUAGACGGAAAUGUUCCUAGGUUCAGGUGAGAGCCAGAUCUGGGGACUCAGAACACAAGGGUCUCAAGAUAGGAGGCAAAGCUGCUAUUCCCCUGAGGUGGAGGGGGCUUUUCUAACCCCUCAACUGCUGGUUAACCAUUUCUGAGGUGAAGGACCUGCUUCUCAAGGGGCAGGCUCUAUUGGGAGCCCAAGAUCAAGGCUCCCCUGCCCUGAUCUUCUAGUGUUGAGUGUAGCUUUCGGGGACUGAACUAUGGAGACUUGGGUUGGGAGUAUGGAUGGCCUUUAGACCUUUUCUGGGUGAUAAGAGGGAUGUGGGCCCUUUGUGUUUAAGGAGAGUUUCUAAUGGGGCUGUGCUGGUAGAGUUCGAAGGGCCAGAGCCACAGUAUGGCACCAAGGCAGAAAGGAAGAGCUGAGACGGGCCCUGCCCUGUUCCCAGUCUGUCCUGCAUCCUAAGGUCACACCCUGUCAGGACUUCUAUGUGCUCACCUGUCCCUUCCCGCAGCUUCCUCAACAGACAGGUUCUUGGACCCAGGCACCAACAUUCUAAGGGACACCAGCCAACCUGGGUGAAGGCCCAACUCUGUACGUCUUCCCUUCCCUGGGGAAAGAGAUGUUCAGAAGCAUUCCCUUGCAACCUGAGUACAUCAGCGAACCCCAUGAAAGUGGAAUUUUCUAACAAAAUAAACUUGCUCGUUUGGUCUGUUUUCUGUAACUUUUGCUAAAUACUUUAUACAUUUUUAAUGUUGUAAAGCGGUGUCUCCUGCCAGAGCUCCUCACCCAGGAUGAAUGUGUUUACUCCACGCUGUAUAUCUUUCCAUGCUCCGGCUGCCUGGACCAGUAAAUAAAAUGGAUGUAAUAUAAGUUGUAAGUAACAUUGUCAAGACUCAGAUCCCAAUGGAGGCUGCAUGCCUCUCCCACCCCAUGAUAGCACCUGUGUGUAUUAAUUCUGAAGAAUUAAAUGUUUAAAUUAGAGUUUAAAUGUUGACAGCGUUUGCUAUGUAUAAUUGCCCCUACACCAUUAUAAAGUGUCUUCAGGAAUUUCAA